CAGUGGCCCUUAUAAACCCAACAAACAACAACACAAUAUCCCCAGACAGCAGCACUUUGUUUCAGUGUUUAAUAUUCUACUCGACGACUGUAAUAAGAACUGAUUUUCUGUGGAAACAUAUCUGCAGAAAGCUUUUCCUAUUUUUUUUUACAAUUUGUGUAAUAUGCAUACAGAGAAUAUGCAAAAACAAAAUGGAAUGUGUAAAUUACAAGAUCGAUGAUGUCAUACCACUAGAAUAUGCCAAAAUUACUUUGGCAAGUUCUUCAUUCUACAAACAUGUUAACAUCUUGAACCAGCAGCUUCAGGGAGAAGAAUCGGUCAAGAAACAUACUAUAAUAGCCACAACACUGGGCCAUCUGAUUGAGCUACAGGGAGAAAAGGUCCUCCGCUCCAUGAAACUAACAUCGAAAACUGUUGCAAAAAUUGUGGUUCAUCAUAAUUUUCAUCCAGUACAACUGUAUAUAGUGCUACUGUACAGUACCCACAAGGCAGUCAUCCUCUCUUAUCACGAUUUCAAGACCCUUCAUGAAUGGGAGAACAUCGCUGACAUUAGCUCUGAAGACCCACAGGCCAUUGGUGUUCCUCAUUUAAGGCUGCUUCAGCUUAAUGGAGAGGUUACGACCAUAUCUAGUACCGAACUGAUAACUCUGUAUGCCACUGAAGAUAAAUUGCAGGAAGAAGGACAAAAGGGAAAGAGUGAUGCAGUGGAAUCACUAGCACGACGCUUGAAGGAUGGCAUAAGAUAUACAGAGAAGCUGAACUCACAAAGAAGGAUGAAAGAAAAUUUCAUUACUCAAAAGCUGGCAACCUUACAGUCACAGCUUCAGGGACUUCAUGACUUAGAUGAAAAUAACUUGAUGGCAGUAUUAACUAUAGAAAGUAGUGAUGACAUAGAGAAGAGAGAAAUGAAAAUUGCAGCUCCCAAACCUCCAUUGUCAUGUGUGACGAUCCUUAACGUGAGGCACAAGGUUGUUCAUGACAAGUGGGUCAUUGGUCUUAACAUUAUAAAUAAUGCUGACAGAUUAUUAGUAUGCAGUCCUCAGCUAAUAUUACAGGUGACAACUGGAGCAAGCAUUUUAUCUUAUACAUCUCUCGUCUUGAAGAUAGUUCAACGUAGGCAAGCUAAGGCUGACGAAGCAGCAGAUGGAUCACUGCUAGAGUCUAAAGUUACUAUAGAAAAACUGGAACCACCAGUUCUCAGACCCAAAAAGAGGGCUUGUGUUCUAGGUGUGUGCGAGAUUCCAAUAUUUAAUGAGGGUUCAACUGUAAAUUGCUCAGGAAUUUUAUCAUACAGCUGUAAAUCACUGAAGACAGAAACAACUCAGCUGUUGGUACCAGAAGGUGAAAGUCCACUUCAACAAUACCAGAUGACUUUUGAGCCAAUACAGAUUUCAGCUCAAGAACUUCACAGCCACUCCAUUACAAUAGAAGUGAAUGUUGUUCAAGCAGGUGUGCCCUUCAGCACUGUGGCAUUAAUUGCUGGAAGCAUCUGCAAUAGUGUUUCUUUCACCAGCCUCGUUUCCCCGCUAACUGAAUUUAUACCCAGGGUUUCAAAAGCCUACAAAUUGGUUAAGGUGUAUGGUGUAAGUGAUCUGUACUGCUUUUACCCAAGUGAAUGUCAUCCACUUUGUCAUGCAGCCUUCACUUACCAUCCCGUGGACACACACAAUUUCCAACUCAAACUCUUUACCAAGUGAGCAGGUUGUAUUGUAACAAAAUACGUAUAAGUAAUCUGCUUUACUCAGAAACCUUACUUUUUUAGUAUAAAAAUUUUAAAUUAAAUUUAUUUGUUGCUUACUUUAUAUUUAUGGGAAAAUUCCAACCCCAUAGGGAAGCAUACAGUGCCUGGGAAGGGGGCAUAAUUAGGUUUGAGGCAAGGAAGAGGACAGCUCAAAUUUGUUGGAUCCAAAGUCCCUCUUCCUUCAUGGGUCAUAUAUAUAUUCUCUUUAAUUCACAAAUAUGUCAUAAAAGCAGUUUUUUUUUUUUUUAACAAGUCGGCCCUCUCCCACAGAGAGGGUGACCCAAAAAGAAAGAAAAUCCCCAAAAAGAAAAUACUUUCAUCAUUCAACACUUUCAUCUUACUCACACAUGAGCACUGUUUUUACAGAGGUGCUCAGAACACAACAGUUUAGA